CUAGGGGGCGGUAGCUGAAAGCCCGGUGCGCUCUGGGUACCUGGUGGGUAAUCGAGGAAACUCCACAGAUUCCUCUCCGGAGCUAACGGUAGCUAGCCGGUUGCUAAUCUGCAGGACAACGCAGUUGUGGUUGUUUAAUUUGCCCGUUUCAAUGUCCACGUCUUUUCCUCCUUUAUACUACAGAGCUGUUCUGAACACGCAGUCAGUGACAGAAGUGAGAACCGACGGACACGUUUUAAAUACAGCUGGAUGUUCUGCUGCCUUUCCCCCAGGAUGCUAGCACAUAAGUAGCCUACAUAGCAGCACUGUGUCCGGAUGCUUUGAGCAGCAACGCAGCGGGUUCUGGGGAGUUUCUAGUCGGCCUUUUCUUGCAGAGAUGUCAGGCAACCGGCCACAGCAGAGCCCUGGAGGGGCGAGUUCAGUGCCCAGCACGAGUAGCAGUAGUGGAGGAGCUGGGAGCACCAACAGUAGUGGUGGUGGGAGCAGCAACGCCGUCAACAGCAAUGGGAACAAUUCUGCAAAUGUGGUGCCCUCCCGGAGCUUGGCAGGAGCAGCCAGCGAGGGGGGCUUAUCGGUGCCGACUCUGGCCGCCGUGCCGUCUUCCCGAGGCGGGUUCGCCUCCCUCAGCAGACCCUCUGCGACCUCCGGCAGCAGGAAGAAAUCCCUCCAUCAAGCUCCUCUCUACAACGGCCUCUUGAACUCAUACGAGGAUAAAAGCAACGACUUUGUCUGUCCCAUUUGCUUCGAGAUGAUAGAAGAGGCACACAUGACAAAGUGUGGGCACAGUUUUUGUUUCAAAUGUAUCCGCCAGAGUCUGGAGGACAGCAACAGAUGUCCCAAGUGUAACUAUAUUGUCGAUAACGUGGAUCAGCUUUACCCAAACUUUCUUGUAAAUGAACUGAUCCUUAAACAGAAACAGAGGUCGGAGGAGAAGAGACUAAAAUUGGAUCAUCCUAAUGGGUCUAGGUGGCAGGUGUUCCAGGACGUGUUGAGUCCUGACCAGGAGAACUUGGACCUGGCGAAUGUCAAUCUGAUGCUGGAGCUCCUAGUCCAGAAGAAGAAGCAGCUGGAGGCGGAAUCCCAAGCAGCUCAGAGACAGAUCCUCAUGGAGUUCCUUAAAGAAGCCAGGAGAAACAAGAGAGAGCAACUGGAGCAACUACAGAAAGAGCUCAACUUUCUUGAAGAGGACAUAAAGCGUGUUGAGGAAAUGAGCGGGCUGUACUGUCCAAUGAUGGAGGCAGAGUGUACUGUGCCUAAUGUCGAGGCUCCCUCACCAGCACCCAGCUGCAGUAGUAUUAUUGAGCCAGCAGACUACAUCCAGCCUCCAGGAUUUGGUGGAACAACCCAGGGCAAAAGACAGACCUGGUACAACAGCACGCUGGCGUCGAGGAGGAAGAGGCUCACGGCUCAUUUCGAGGAUCUGGAGCAGUGCUACUUCUCCAACAAAAUGUCACGCAUCACAGAUGAAGGCAGGAACCUGAACCAGCUGGAUGAUUUCAUGGAGUGUCUGUCUAAGUUUACCCGUUACAACUCUGUGCGACCGCUCGCCACCCUCUCGUACGCCAGUGACCUCUAUAACGGCUCCAGUAUUGUCUCCAGUAUUGAGUUUGACCGUGACUGUGACUACUUUGCCAUCGCUGGUGUGACCAAGAAGAUCAAGGUGUUUGAGUACGGCACAGUGAUUCAGGACGCAGUUGACAUCCACUACCCUGUUAAUGAAAUGACCUGCAAUUCCAAAAUCAGCUGUAUCAGCUGGAGCAGCUAUCACAAGAACCUUCUGGCCAGCAGUGACUACGAGGGUACUGUCAUCCUGUGGGACGGAUUCACCGGCCAGAGGUCCAAAGUCUACCAGGAACAUGAAAAAAGGUGUUGGAGUGUUGACUUCAAUCUGAUGGACCCCAAGCUGUUAGCCUCCGGUUCUGAUGAUGCUAAAGUGAAGUUAUGGUCAACCAAUCUUGACAACUCCGUGGCCAGCAUCGAGGCCAAGGCCAACGUCUGCUGCGUGAAAUUCAGCCCAACCUCCAGGUAUCAUCUGGCCUUUGGCUGUGCAGACCACUGUGUCCACUACUAUGAUCUACGCAACACAAAGCAGCCAAUCAUGGUAUUCAAAGGCCACAGGAAGGCCGUGUCUUACGCCAAGUUUGUCAACGGAGAGGAAAUUGUUUCUGCUUCAACAGACAGUCAGCUGAAGCUGUGGAACGUCAACAAACCUCACUGCCUGCGCUCCUUCAAGGGUCACAUCAACGAGAAGAACUUUGUAGGCCUGGCUUCCAAUGGAGACUAUGUUGCCUGUGGCAGUGAAAACAACUCCCUGUACCUAUACUACAAAGGACUUUCCAAGACACUGUUAACAUUCAAGUUCGACACAGUGAAGAGUGUCCUGGACAAAGACAAGAAAGAAGACGACACCAACGAGUUUGUCAGUGCUGUCUGCUGGAGAGCCCUGCCUGAUGGAGAAUCAAAUGUACUGAUUGCUGCAAACAGUCAAGGAACAAUUAAGGUUCUCGAGCUCGUCUGAAGGCCCACCACAUCUUCAGCGUGCGAUAGAACUACCAUCAGCCUCUCUGAUGUUUGGUAGAGGAUCAGUCUGACGCAGGGAGCGCCGAGGCUGCCUGCUGAACUGGGAUACCCGACAACAGCGGGAGAGCUGAAAUAAACUGACUAAACUGUCUUAUUUUAAUGAGCUGCAGCAGAAAGACUUUGGACCUCAGUAUAGCAGGAGAAGAUGUGCUGUCAUCCUUAACAGCAAAAGAAGUGAGGACCUAGCUCGGGGCGCACAAUGGAAUAAGAGACUUCAGAAAGCAUUUUUUUGUUUCUUUUCAGUAAAGUUAUAUCGGCUACAAUAGAAACGCCUCUUUAUGAUUUUAGGCCAAAUCAAAACUUGUACCUUUUUUUAAUUAAGCUGUUGCUCUCAAGGGUACAUCCAGCCAAACGCUACUAGUGUGAUGCAUUUUCCCUUUUAAAGGCCAAAGCACAAGACUAAAUGACAAAAAUUAUGUCUUCACAUGAAGCUUUUAACCCCCCCACCCUCCACCCCACCACCCCCCUUCCUUAUUGUUUGUCAACCACCUGUUUUUUUUCCCCUUUACGUGUCGUCUUUUUUGUGUUUUUCAGAUUGGGAGAAACCAGUUUUAAUAAAUAUGAAUGAAUUUCAUUCUGUAAAGCGUAUCGUCAGUUCCUUUUGUGGCUAAAGAGUGUAGAAUGUGAGGUGAUGUACGGAAGUCAAGGACGACCAAUAAAUUAUGGACAUGUUGAGAAACUCUGAUGUUUCUGCUACUAUUACGUUGUGAUCACGGCGACUCUCAUGUAGCUUAAUUAAAGCAUUGAUCUGCGAUUCUCCGUCAAACUGGAUUGUUUUUCCACACAUGUGAGCCAUUUGUUGCUUGCUGAAAAAUGAGAACCUCACACAAUCGCAUUUAGUUCUUUUUAAAGUAGCAAUGGAAUUACUCUCCACAUACUGUAUAGGUUAAAACAUCUGCAUUUUUAACUUCACGCAAACUGCUGUGGAGGGGUCAUCCAUGUUGACGACAUUGACGUGGAGAGGAUUUGGUAGGCUAAACGCCAAUAUACUUAUUUUAUGAUAACUGAGUGAGAGAGGUGUUUUUGUAUUUGUAUAACUGAAUAAAUUAUUUCGAAACAA